AUGCAGAAAGCGGGAUUACAUUUGGGAGGGUCUACGUUGUUGUUAUACAUAGAAGCUGUCUUCGUAGAAGGAGACCCGAAGGCUGCAAUUGAACUAUGGAGAGCUGCUGGGCAGAGUUUUUUUGAACAGCAAGAAAACUACAACCUCUGGGAUCAGUAUUUGGAGCUUGGAACUCGGAUGUUUGCUGAGAACGGCGACAUUGACGAAGCCCGGAAGGCAGCAUCUAUAGUCAUCCAGAGAUCAACUGAUCCCACCAGCGCUCGGAUACUUAUUCACACCAUACAAGGCUGUUUGGCUUCAACAAUCGCAAACCGCACUGCUGAAGCUUGGGAUAUCUACCUUGAAUUUCGAGGACACAUGGGGUCGCGUAUGGAGAUGGAGGACUACGAUGUUAUCAACGGGCUUUUCAUGGGGGCUGGCAAGCCCGAUGAAGCAUUAGCAGUCUUUAAAGACAUGAUGCUUACAAAUGAUCCAGCUGCUUUAAAGCAUGACUCAAUGAUAGCACGAGAUUAUAAUCAUUUCCCAUUGAUGUUGCACAACAAAUUUUUCUUCGGAAAAUGGAUCAAAAAGCUCAUUGGCAAUGGCGAUCUUGACGAAGCCAGUAAAGUACUUGACCUCAUGCGAAAUCUUGGAGUCUGCCCGGACGCCAAGUUCACGAACGGACUUAUAGGUGCUUGGUUUCGUUCGGGCAAAUUAAGGAAUCGAAAGCUGGCUGAGGAAAUGGGUUGGUCAAUGAUUGCUGCAAGACUUGAUUUUGUCAAAGCGCGAGAGCAAGGGGUUAAGGGAUUGUUACUUCCUUUGAGGGCUGUAGAGGGGACAAACAAGCAAGAGUACAAACAUGCCAGCUUUAACCUUCUCCCUGCUGCUACAAUCGAGACAUUUUCAAUUCUUGUGGAAGAAUAUGUAAAACGACAGAAGCACGAACAGCUUUUGGAUCUUUACACAACCUUAAGUAAAGCAAAGAUCCCGGCAAAUACUAACUUCAUGAACACAGUGCUCAAAGUUGACGCUAGAUUCUCUUUGGACACCAAACAGAUUUAUCAUACCUUCGUCGCAGACGGAGUAAAGCCAGACAUUACGACGUUUUUACACUUAUGGCACAAUCUAAAACAACGGAAUAUGCAAAGACAUAAACGCCAUAAUUUUUUUGGUACCAGAGAACUGUUUGCAGAAAUGAUGACAUGGGUCAAUAAGUUGAAGGCAGAGUUGGGUAAAGACGAUCUACCGAUGGAGCUUUAUAACUUAAUCAUAAUGAACUUCGGCUUGGUAGACGAUCAAGCUGGAUCUGCAGUUGCUUUGCGUGCCAUGCAAAGGUACUUUGGAACAUAUCCUACGGAUGAUACAGCACGCAGCAUUAUUUUGCAAGUAACAGCUGUUGGUACUAUAACUGGGCCUCUGGUAAGGCGGCUCAAUAUUAAUAAGGGUACUAAGGAGAGGGUGCGACAGGUUACGAAAGUUCUAGGAUUGCUACAAUCGCAAAGAGCUGAGGCUUUGGCGAAGCUGGGAAUAAAUUAUGAUGACUUGAAAGGACAAGCAAAAUCAGAAGAGGCGUUGAUUUUACUAUCUGACCUCCUACGUAUCGUUACGCUACAGGUCAAUAGUGGUCAAGACGGACGUACUGAUGUCGUCAAAUCAUCCAAAAAAGCGGCGAAGGCGAUGGGUGUUCCUGAUUGCAUUCCUUGGAUUGUAUACAACACAGCAGAUGAGGAACUGCUGGAUGUGUAA